GGCAGCAGAUUGAAGUGUAUUGUUCUUGCGAAGGCAGCACCGUCGAAAUUUUCUCCGCGAUUUUCGGUAAAUUGUGCAAUUCGGAGCGGUCGGGCUCGGCCCAAAGUGGCCUCUGGCGGCGCCGGAAGUGAUUCCCGUGCGGGACGCGUUCGAGUGCGGCGGAAUCGGUGCGACGCGGGACAAAUUUCUGUGAGAAACAGUGAAAAGAGUGCGCUGUCAAGGAGUUUUCCUCCACUUUUUUCGUCGUCGUCGUCCUCCUCCUCUGCUGGACCAAGUGACAUACACGCAACGAGGGGGCGCGGUGUGCGUGUGACGUUGGACGCCUUGCACGGCGCUGGUGGGUGUGUGUGUGUGUGCGUGAGGUGUCGCGGCAGCUCGUCUAAACGUGCAAUUUGUUUACAAUUUUUGCGCGAGUGUUGGUGCGAAGCCGAAUCGUUGCUCGACCAAUCGGCACACGUUCGAGUGCCGAACGGACCGACAACAAACGCCCGAACCCGGCUUCGGGUCGCGUUCGUGCCGGCGUCGGCUAUUUUCGUGUGAACGAACGUUAAUUCGCCGAAGAUCGCGAGAUUUACACGAAGUUUUCUGUUUACGCGUGUGUGUUUACACGUUGAGCGCGUCUUUCGCGUGAUUGUAUUGUCGUCAAUUCAAAUAUUUCUUGCAUUUUUUUCGGGACUGACAAUUUUUUACUUCCAUUCAUCGUGUGUGGAUUCAAGUGCAAAAUAAUUCCUUGGCUCUGGGCACAAGUGAGCCGAAACUGGUUAUUUCACGGGCCAUGGAAUACGGCGACAACAACGCAUGAAAAGAAAAGUUUUCUGUUUGCAAUCGUUCAAUCUGGUUUCCGAACCCGAGGGCUGCACAGAUAGGAUAGCAGGAAUUUGUCCUACACAGGUCAAGGACGGUCAUUCGUGCUCCGGUCUUCUGAUUCAUCUCGCGUGCGAAGAUUGUACAAUGGAUUACCUUAGGGGAUUGACAGACAGGUUACAAUAGACCAUCGCAUGAAAACCAAGAAACAGCAGGCAGCCGCGGCGGCUGCUGCUGCCGCCGUAGCGGGCGCACCACCAACAGCAGCAACACCUUCUGAGAAGAAACCGGUCGCCACUUCCGCUACAACCACCGCUUCAACAUCCGCAACGCCCACCCCUAGCGGUCCCACGCAGGCCACCGCCCUAAAAAAGCCACUCAAACGGCUCCAGUCAAAGGCCAAAGACAGCCCUUCUCCGAAGGCCACCAUACAGGAAGCCACUUCCUCCGGAACGGCUGUUGUGACGGCAAAGCCUAAACCCGCGCCCAAGUCAACGCCCAAAAAUGAGGUUAAGUCGAAAAAGGUCACAAUUGCCGCCGGGGGUAAGAAGACCCCUGCCGCGGCAGCGCCUCCCAAAAAGAUCCAGAAGGAGCUAAAGAAUUUGGGCAUUACGGACCGAGCCAUCAAUCAAAUCGACACGGCCACCGUCGAGUGCAAUCCGUCAAUCAGCGAGAUGGUCAAGACCAAGUCGCGUGCCACCGUGAGUCAGCUCAAGUAUUCGGAUUUGGGUGGUGGUCCGCCGGCAAAACCAGUAGCGCCUGCUGGUUCUAGCGAAGUCCAGAAGCCGGUGGAGCCACCAGCCGUGGUCUCCACGACGAUCCCCAGCAAGAAAAGACCUCCGCCAAAGACAAAGGACGAUUCCCCGAAGCAAGACGUGGGACGCGAGGAAGCGGCGGGAGGUGCGAAAAACAAAACCCCAGUCACGGCCCAGGCGACGCCUUCGAACCCGGCCACCAACCCCGCCACCGCUAAAGAAGAUGUCAAAGCAGGGCCGUCGAACGGUGGAGCAAAAUCUAAGGCGAAACGGCCCGAAAGCAAAAAUGAUAAUGAUGGGCAGCAAGGAGGAGUCGCAACAGAACAGAAGUCAUCGCCGGCGAGGAAGAACCCCACGGUGGCGGCCGCCAAGCCUAAGCCAAAGAACAAGAAGGCAGCCUUGGAGGAACAGAAGAAGGCUGCGGAAGUGGUGGCGGUGGUAGGGACGGUCGAGGUAGAACAAGCUUCGGUGGUCCAAGAGGUGGCGGUCCCGGCUAAGCAGAGAACUCCCCCGAUCGACGAGAAACACGACGAGGAAAAGCCCUGCUCGUUGGAACUGGAUCAGGACGAUAAGAACGAGUCCGACGUGCAGAGCCGCAUUGAGGACAUCAUGAAGGCCCUUGAGGAGUCGGAUGGGGAAGACGAGGGGCCACCCGUCCCGAUGCUGCUACCACCAACGCCGUCCAAACCGGCCGUAGAGGAGCAAGAACGCAAGGUAGAUGUUGUACAGCAGGUCGUGGACCAAGAUCAGGAAAAGAAACAAACAAAGGUGGCCGCCAAGCCGAAGGUCGCUGCAGGUAAGAAGAAGGCACCGGCUAAAAAGAAGGUGGGUGACGAGGCUCCGGCAAUUGAUCCAUCGAAACAAGAAUCUCCCACGAACAAAUCUGAAGAUGAUAAAUCAAUUAAGAAGACUCCAACCUCCCAGGCUAAGCGCAAAUACGUGCGAAAACCAUCCGGUGGUCAAGCUGGCAAAAGUAAGGUUGAGCCUAAGAAAAUUUCAGAGCCGGUUGGUACCGAUGAACCUAAGGUUGAUCCGACCCCGGAAACUCCCUCAGUUCAAGAAUCUCAAAAGCCUGAAAAGGCACCAGACGUACCAACUCCUCCAGAAGAGCCCACUGAAUCUCCUGACCCCCCGAAAACCAUCCGUUCGUCAACGGAUAACGACGAUGACGUCCCUCUGAAUCGACUAAAGGACAAAACCUCGCCGAAACCCCCGGAAUCAACGCCGGAAGCAGGUUUCACCGUUCCUAACGCACCACUCCUCGCAGCCCUGCUGGCACCCUCUCCGGCAACAACGCCAAAAUCCAAGCGCAAAUACGUUCGCAAACCGUCAACUACUCCUACUUCCGGUGGUAAAAAGAAACCGUCGUCCAAGUCGACGUCCUCUGCUGACCCCAAGGACAAGAAGCCAGAAAAGCCAAAGGACGUGUACGACUUUGACGAUUCGGACAGCGAAAACGAUGCCCCGGUCAAGGCCGGCAAACCAGUCUUCAAGACCAACCGGAAGCCGCUGGAAACGUCCUCGGCCAAGGAGGACGAAGAAGAGGACGCUGAGGAAGUGCCCCAAGUGGAAGCGACCUCGGAGACCCCGGAUCCGCUAGAGUCAAAAAGCGAACAAGAUCCACUCAAAGAGUCCGACUCCGAAGAAGAGUUCAAAAAACCGGCAAAGAAACCAACCAAAUCUCGAAACAACACCCCAAAGGAACCGUCCUCGGAGGAGGAAUCCGAGGAAGACGACAAGGACGCCGAUCCGGACGAGCGUCCGCAGACUCCGAUGAGCAAGAAGAUCAAACGGGAAGUGCGCGACAGUUCCGAGGAAUCGAACGGUGACUCCGACUCGUCGGAGGAAUCCGUCCGAACGCGAAUCGUCAAGAAGCAACUCACCGCCAAGACACGUCACCUCAAGCUGUACGGGUUCUGGUCGGGGCCGAAGCGCCAUCGGGUUGCGUCGCUGAACGCAAUCGCCAAGGUGCACUGUCUGUACGAGAACGAAACCCGGGCGGCGCUGGAAGCUAGCCUGAUGAAGCAGGGACCGCCCCGGCCAAGGGCCGGAACUAGUAAAGAGGUGAAGAAGGAGAAGAUCGAGGAAGGUGAGAAAAAGGAAGAGUGCAAAGAGGAAAACAAAGCGGAGAAGAAGGAAGAAAGUGAAGUGAAAGGGAAACAGAAAGAGGAAAAAGUGACAAAAGAAGAGCCCAAGAAGAAGGUGGUCAAAAAGACAGAGCCGAAAGAGGUGAAGAAAAAAGAGACAAAGAAAGUGGUGGUUAAGGAUGAAAAGAAGGACGAGAAGAAAGAAGAUAAGAAAAAGGCUGCUGAAAAACAGAAGCAAGCCUCGGAAAGUGAUACUGAAAGUGAAGAAUCAUCUGAGGAGGAAGUGGUUACUCGCACCCUCCGAUGCGUGCCCGGACUUCGCGGCGCCGGAAAACACUGGGAUCCGAACGCAUCCAGCAUGGAAUCCGAAGGGGAUGUCCUGCCAGAUUCGGAUGAAACAUACGCUCAGGGCAAAGACACCGACCCGGUCAAGAAGCGCAAAGUCAAGCGCAAGGUGGUCAAAAAAGCGAAACCUAAGCCAAAGUCGGAGAAAGCUGACAAGCCGAAACCUCCGGUGAAGAAAAUCAAAAAGGAGGUUAAGGCCCUCCAGUCGGACAACGACAGGAAGUCGGAAGACGAGAGCAACGAGUCCGGCUCGGAGUCGGAGAAGGCGGAGGCCGCCUCUCCAAAGCCGAAAGCCGAAGAGGUUAAGAAACGCAAGCGCGUUCCCAAGGAAAAGAAGGAGAUUGUGGAGAGUUUGCUGGGGAAGAAGCGUAUGGCCAGCUUGAACGCUACGGCGAUGUUGGCUGCGACGUACGAGGUUCAGCGAAUUCUGUACAGGAAUACGGACUCGGACUCGGACAGUCCGGCUGAGAAGCCGAAGGCGAAGAAGGUAAAGGAAACUAAAGAGCAGAAGGAAGCUGCCAAAGCGGAAGCAAAGAAGGAAGCUAAAGAGCAGAAGGAGUUGAAGGAGCAGGGAGAGAGCGCGGCUGAAGUGAGUAAAGCUGCCGAGAAAGAGAGAGCAAAGGAGCAAAAGGAGAAAGAAAAAGAGAAGGAAAAGGAGAAAGCGAAAGAGAGGGAGAAGGAGAAAGAGAAGGAACCGCUCAUCACGGUGAAGACGGAACCGAACCGUGAAAGACGAGAAGAGCACGAGGUUAAGCGGGAAAUUGAAGAGCCCCGUCCCGUGUCCAGCAACCUGGUGAUUGCCCAGGACACCGAGGUCACAAUCACGGGAGUGUACGUCAACUCGAGCCUAGGGGCGAAUCAGGAAGCGUACUGCAAAAUGCAGUAUCGCGUCCAGCAGAGCGUCACCGAGGAGCGGCUGGUCCGGCCGGGCGAGGCACCGCCGAAAUCGUACACCCCGUUGACGGCCCUAUCGAGCAUGCGACCACCCAACGACCAGACUCUGGCCACGCCGCCCCUGUUUGGGCCACCGUCCCAGUGCGACUCGCCGCUGGGGCUGGGCCCGCGGGCCUUUUACCCGCCGCCCACGUCCUCAUCGGGCAGUUCCAGCGCGUUCUGUGCGCCCAUCCCGCACGGUAGUCCAGGUUACUAUCAACCGGCUGGUCCGUUGAUAUCGCCCCACCUGCUGGCCCAGCCGAUUCCAGUGUCCCAGCACGGUUCAGGCAGUAGCAGCAGUACCAUCACCAAGCAACCACCCGAAUCGGACUCCCCAGGGGUGUCCUCGCUGGUCCAGCCGCCGUCCUCCUCCACGGCGGACAGCACCGACAGCGAUGUCCUGCUAACGGCGGGUGACCUCUCGUCCCGGUCACAACAGGCCGCGGCCGCCGCAGCCGCCGCCGCCUACCGGUACGGUCCGUCCGGGCCGCCCAACCUGUACCCGCGGCCCAUGCAGAUGCACUGUCCGCCGCCCCAUCUAGCACCCAACUACUACGCGGCCCCGCCCUACAGCCAGUACCCGCCGGAGAUGUACUACACCCACGCCGCCUACCCGCCGGCCCACUUCUACCCAAAGUUUGCCCAGUACUACCCGCCCAGCCGACGGUACUACCCGGCGCCCGUGGCCGGCGAGCACCUGUACGAGCAGCCGCCGCCGCCACCCUCGGCCGGAGGACCCGUGCCGCCGCCCGCCGGCGCUCAGCUAGUGCCGGCCGGGCCACCCCAGGGUCCGCCACCGCAGCACCUCGAGCACUACCCCGGUCCGCAGCCGUAUCCGUACCCGGGAUACGGCAGUCCGGGGCCCGGGCCCGGUGGGCAAUGCUACUCGCGUAACGCGUACAUGGAUGCACACUACACGACCAACUGUCCUUGUCCGAUGCAGUCGUGUCCAAAAAACGUCAAUGCUGGGUCCCUUAUUGGUAUCAAAGCCAGUAAGGGCCCAGUAACCACCACUGCAACCCCCAUCCCCCAUCAUAUCGCAUCGUCGGCGUCGGCCUCCACCAACAACUCUAGCACGGCCGCCGUCCAGAUGUCGCCGUCGUCGUCGUCCACCUGUACGACAACGGCCUGCAGCACCGAGCCGAUCGUGAUCUCGUCCGGUUCGUCCACGUCUUCGUCGCCACCGCCGCUGGACAUUCACAGUCCGAUCGUGGCGACCUCCGAACCGGUGGUCACGACCACCGUGGCAACCGUCACGACGACUGUCCCAACAACCACUGAACCAAAUACCAGUCCCAAGGUUAAGCCCGAAAGUGACCUGCACCAGUAUAACAGUUAUCACUACCACUACCCGCACCGUCCGUCGGCACCGCCCCCAACCCAUCCCCUGCACAGCAGUUACAUCCCGGUGGGCGUUGUCGAGGUCAAGCAGGAACCGGUGGCACCGCCGCUGGAACCCACGGCCGAUAGCAAGACCACGAAAAACAUUCCCAAGCUGCUUCCGCUGGUAGUCAAGCAGGAGAUCACCGAGGUCAAGCAGGAACCCCAGCCGGUUACGAUGACGGUGGUCAGCUGCAAGAAGGAAGACUUUGAGGAGAACGGACCGGCCAUGACGCCGGACCUGCUUUUGGACGAGGCCCUGAUCAAGAAGGAAGCACUGGUCUCGGAACUGGUGCACCACCAACUCGACGACAAACGUAUCCUAUCCGAUAUUCUAACCGCGGAAGCUAAUCUGAUAACCGGUAAGACUCUAGACAACCUUAGCGUUAGUAGCGUUAGCAGUAACAACCAGAACAACAACAACAGCAACAACAACAGAAGUAGCAUUAGUAACGAGAAAGUACAAUUAGUCGAUAGUAUCCUACCUGAAAUUCCGGCGUCCACGGUCAAGCGGAGACCGCUGCUGGUCGCGUGCAAGAAGUCAACGCCGAAAAAGUCACCCCCCAAUAGCUAUAAGAAUCUGAUCAAACGUACAAAUCUGAGCGGUGACGAGGGCGGUGAAGCAACAACGGCGGAAGCUGGUGACGAACCGACCAUCACCGUGCUCAGCGAUGACGAUGACGAACUCGAGGAAGACGACGACGAGGUGGUGGUCACAUCGACUCCGGUCAGUCGGAAGCCCAAACGGACGCAAGGCAAGCCGCGGAAGCUGCUCAAGCGAACGCGGCGGGUUUUCGGGGCGGAACAGCUGCGCCACCUGCAGACGCUCAACCGAAGCGUGCUGAAGACGAAGCGAGUGCGUCGACUAGUGAAACGGCCAUCGUGCGUGCCGAGGAACCCUGCGGUUCCGGAAGUGGCGAUCGCGGUGAAGGAACCAACCCCGGUGGAACCCGUUGAAGUGCAGGAACUCCGCGAGGAACCUCCCCGGCCGAUGUCGAACGUCGAUCUCACGAUCGACCUGGUGGCGAAGGGUUACUUCUCCGAGCCGGAGUUCACCGAGCAAGCCAAGUCACGCUCGGUUAAACGGCUCAAGCAGCAAGAGGGUCGUUCCCAGUCCGAGCAGCAUCGGGGCUCAUCGAAGAAGGCCACGCUGCAGCUCGAUGACCCACUGGACAUGACUGAGCCGACGAAGGGCAAGUCAGCUAAGAAAGCCAAGAAACGGGCCGCGCCCAAGCCGUCAAAGCAGAACGGCAAGAAACGAGCUACCUCAACGCCGUUGCCACCGGAGGUGGUGGAAGAUCAGCCGGGGGUGAACCCUCCGCUGGAUGUGAGUGCCAUCGAUGUGGAACCUACCGCUGCGGCGGUAGACGAUCGCGAAACGGACUUUGACGACGCGGCCACGAUGCUGGUGGACGACGACAUGAUGAGCGUAGACACCAACACCAUGAUCAACCGGCACAACAACAACAACAACAGCGCCGUUGAGAACAAGAACGCCGCUGGCACGGACCCGCUGCUGGAGGAAGAUCCGCUGACCGUGGAACCAACGACGACCUGCGUGACGACCGCGGAGUUGUCUACCCAAGUGGAAGAUGAUCGUCUUCCGCAGCCAACGGAGGUCGCCGUCUUCGAAGAAGACGACGACGAAGACGAGGAGGAGGAGAUCAUGCUAGCUAGGAGAUUCGCCAAAAAGAGUGGAGGCCUCAAGAGCCGAACGUCCCGAUCGCGAUCCAAGUCAAAGUCGCGCAAAUUUAGCACCAAGAAGCGCCACCGGCCGACGCGCGUCCCCGAGGUCGAGGAGAUUAUCGUGCCAAGGAAGAGCAACAGUGUGCCGCGCUGGAGCAACGGAUGGACGUGGGAGGGGCAGCCCUUCCAGGGCAAGGUGUUCCUGAACAGCGACGACCCACCGGUCACGCGAACCUGCUACCCGGCGAUGCGCCACUCCGAGGGGGACAUCAUCCGGCCGCGGGAUAGCGUUCUACUGCGGGCCGGUAGCAAGCGAGCUGAGUUGCCAUAUGUGGCCAAGGUGGCGCAUCUGUGGGAGAAUCCGGAAGACGGCGAAAUGAUGAUGUCCCUGCUGUGGUACUACCGGCCCGAACACACCGAACAAGGUCGGCAGCCGGUGGACGGACCGGACGAGGUGUUUGCGUCGCGCCACAAGGACCACAACAGCGUCGCCUGUAUCGAGGACAAGUGCUACGUGCUGACGUUCAGCGAGUACUGCAGAUUCCGCCGCCAGCUGCGCGGCUUCGAGGAGAACAUCGACGAGCAACCGUCGAUCGUACCGCCGCUACGACGCGAGAAUCCCCGCCUGCCGCCCUCGAUCGUGUCGCCCGAGCUGGUCAUGUACUGCCAGCGCGUGUACGAGUUCCGGCUGAAGCGCCUGCUCAAACAGCCCUCCUAGUGCCGGCGUCUGGUGGUCGAACGCCGAACUUCGUCGGCGCCAAAACCACCCGGCCAGCAGCAGCAGGAGGUAGCGCCUUUGGCUGCUUCUUCAACAACUUUAACUGUACCAUUGUCGGAAACACAACAACAACCGGAAGCAACAACAAUCAGCAGCAAAUCACAUAUCCGCAAAUGAAUGUGUUGGGAUUGGCCGAAGGUGGAGCGAUUGACUCCAAGAAUUCCCCCCACCACCACCACCCCCUUUCCAGUUAUUUAAUUAUUGCACUUGUUUUAGCGAGUUCUAGUCCAGGGGAAGAAUCGGGAAAUUGAGAGAGAGGGGGAAAAGAAGCAUUCGUGGAAUGGAAGAAGGAAGCGUCUAACAAACGGACAAAUUUUAGGGAAAAUCAACGCAGCAAUUCCAAAAUCGUAACUUUUACGUACUUUUUGCCGCUAUUAUUUAUCUUCAGCAACCAGGUUUUUUUUUCUUGGCUCGAUUUCUUUUUUUCUACUGUAUUAUUUAUAAUCUUUUUUGAAUGUAUAUAUUUUACUGCUCGUUUUACAACUUUAUACAUUUACUGUCAAGUGCUUAUAUAUUUUGUUAUUGCUUUACAACAGUUAAUAAUAUUAUUUGUAUAUACACUUCCUUUAUACAUAUUAUUUUCCUCAAAGUUUACAGCACAGAAAAGUAUGUGUUAAGCAAGCAAAAUCAAAAUCUAUUCUAAAGGCAAACAGUAACACACACACGCAGUAACUAAGCAAAACUAAACAUUAUUAAACAUGAACCGAGAAAUAAAACAAAACAAAACUUUUGAACGAUAUUUAUUGUUAGUGGCAAGGCAAUUUAGGAAACACAACUUGUAGGCAUGAAGUAAUUUGGCAAAAACAAACUGAAAUUAACUAACCAAAAAAAAACAAAGACACAUCAGCGGCGAUAUUGAAUUAAAGUACCAGUUUAGAAACGGAAAGUUAGGACGAAAGCGUUUGCGUUUAGGUUGCGGUUGAAUUCCUUGUUUGGCGCACAAACAUUUGAGGUGGCAAGACGGUUGUUUGAAUUAGUUAUUUACAAUAAAAAAGCAUUGUAGCGUGAAAUUUUUCGAGCAAU